AUGUCCACAGACACAGUGAUUCGUGAACCUGGAGACAGUCAGCAUGACCAUCAACACAAGGUGGGCAGUAUCACUCCUGUGCAGCCUCAGCACUCUGCAGCUCUUCCAGUGCUGAUGUUUCCACGCUCUUCCAAAGGGCUGAAGAGGCAGAAGAGGGACUGGGUCAUUCCCCCCAUCAACUUCCCAGAGAACGACAGAGGCCCCUUCCCCAAACAGAUGGUGCAGAUCAGAUCCAACAGGGAUAGGGAUGUGCCGAUGCAUUACAAAAUCACUGGGCCUGGGGCAGAUCAGCCCCCUGUUCAGCUGUUCAUAAUUGAACGAGACUCUGGCUGGCUCAGUGUCACACAGCCUUUGGACCGAGAGGUGAAAGAUGAAUAUAAACUCUUUGCUCACGCUGAAGCAGUGGGUGAAACUACUGCGGCCGAGGAUCCCAUGGAAAUUAUCGUCUUUGUGAUCGAUCAGAACGAUGAGAGACCCAAAUUCACUGAAGAAACCUUUUUUGGCAAGUUAGCUGAAGGAUCCAAAGCAGGUUUCGAAUUUAUGAAGGUGACCGCUGUUGAUCUAGAUGCACCUGGUUCAGCUAAUUCUGACAUUAGAUACAGAAUUGAGAGCCAAGACCCAGAGAGUCCAAAACCAAAUAUGUUCUUUAUUAACCCUAUAACUGGAGUGAUCCAACUGAAAUCAGAGGGGCUGGACAGAGAGAACUUUCCUAAAUAUACAUUGGUAAUUAGCGCUGCUGAUAUGGAGGGGGAGGGCCUCUCAACCACCUGCAAAGCAAGCAUCACAGUAACCAACAGCAACAACAACGCUCCUCAGUUUGACCCAAAUUCAUACACAGUGACUGUGCCUGAGAAUGAAAUGGGUGCCCUAGUGGUGAAAAUGCCAGUGACUGAUGGGGAUGAACCUCACACACCAGCCUGGUCAACUAAAUACAAGAUUAUUGAAGGAGACAAUGGAGGGUUCUUCAAUGUUACCACUGGACCCAGCAAGCUGGAGGGCAUUAUUACUACAGUCAAGGGCCUUGAUUUUGAGAAGAACGCAAAGUACACCUUGUUGGUCACCGUGGAGAACGAUGCCCCGUUUGUCACCAAUCUGCCCACCUCCACUGCCACAGUUAUUGUGAACGUGGAGGAUGUGAACGAGGCCCCAGUGUUUAAUCCAGUUGAGAUGGUGGUCAUUAAACCAGAGAACCUGGAAACUGGUGCUGACAUAAUUGCAUAUACAGCAACUGACCCUGACACGGCAAAAAAUCAGAAAGUGUGGUAUAAAUCGGGCGAUGAUCCAGCUGGAUGGCUGAACGUCAAUAGAGAGACUGGACUUAUCAAAGCGAGGAGCCCCAUGGAUAGAGAAUCUCCCUUUGUCAAAGGGGGCAGAUACCGGGCCCUCAUCCUGGCCAUUGAUGACGAUGAUGCCCCUGCAACGGGAACCGGGACUCUGCUGAUUGAGCUGGAAGAUGUAAAUGACAACGCUCCCACAAUCGAGGAGAGGGCGAUCACGAUCUGUAACCAAGAAUCUCAAACCCUGACGCUGUCCGUCACUGACCGAGACGGGCCUGGAUUCACCUCCCCUUUCCGGGUGGAACUACAGGGAAUGAGCGCGAACAACUGGACCGCUCGCAUGAAUGGCACAAAGACGGGCAUAAUACUGGGACUGAGAACCUAUUUGGAAGAGAAUGACUACACUGUUAUCCUCCGUGUAUAUGACAGCCAGGGACUGUUCCAGGACAACACCAUUACUGCCACUGCAACUUGGGAAGCCUGCAUAACUAGGGGUUCUUUUUGCAUCAGACCGACUUAG